AGACAAACAGACGCUGCACGGCGACUACGGCCUGAAAUAAUUUACAUUUUGCACAACGGCGUCUCCACAGGACGCGAUUCCAACCUCAACCUGCACUACAGCUCCCAUCCCAGCCUUGACGUAAAUGUAGCCCCGAACACCGGGCGCAGCAACAUGUCGGACGCCGAUUUCGAGCAGAUCAAGAAGCUGCAGCAGGAGCGGAAUGCUGCAGCCGCCACCAAGAAGGGCUCCAAAACGUUCGACCCGGCCAGCCAGCGCGCCGACUCGUCCACCAAAAUCAAGCUGAGCGAGGCCUCGGACACCAGCCUGUACGACCGCGCAGACGGCGCCGACAAGUUUGCUGGCUACCACACCACCCUGCCUGCCAAUGAUGGCGACGACGACGACGACAUGGCCGACGCCGGCGGCCGGAGCCUCGUCGGCCAGUACACGGCCACGCGCGCCCAGAUCGACGAGUUCGCCCGCGGCUCGGGCGUCGAGGAGGAAGACAUACUUGCCGGCCGCGGCGAGCGCAGCAACAGGAUCACCGACAGGGAGACGGACUACCAGAAGCGCCGCUUCGACCGCGCUCUCACCCCGACACGGGCCGACCCUUUCGCGGCCGGCCGCCAGGCUGGCGCUGCCGAAGGCAACAGCUACCGCAAGGUGAUGGAGGAGCGCGAGAUUGAGCGGGAAGAGGAGCGCGUCAGGCGGGCCAUCGAGACCAAGGCGAAGGACGCGACCGAUGGCGACGAUACCGUCAUGGAGGAUCACCGCCCCCUCCUGAAAGACUCCGAGGGCGACAGGGAGGACGGCUCAGCGGAUGGCGCGGCCGGCCGCAAGCGCAAAAAGAGGUGGGACGUGUCGUCGGAAGAGACGGUGGCGCCCCCGCCGGCCCCCGAGGCGGCCAAGCCCAAGCGCUCCAGGUGGGAUCAAGCACCUGCUCCAGCAGCGCCGGGUGCCGCCGACACGACGAAGAAGAGGUCGCGCUGGGACCAGGCGCCUUCGGCCACGCCAGUCGGGCCCCAGGGCCUGGCGACCCCCAUCCACCCAUCGGCGGCUGGCGCAGACCUUCCCGUCGGCUUUGGCCCGGAUAUGCACCGCGCCAUCAUGGUGCUGAGCGACGAGGAGUUGGACGCGAUGCUGCCCGGCCCCGAGGAGGGAUACAAGAUCCUGGAGCCCCCGCCGGGCUACGCCCCCGUCCGCGCGCCGGCACACAAGCUCAUGCAGACUCCGGCGCCGGCUACAGGCUUUGUGAUGCAGGACCCCAACAGCGGACGAGUGUCGAGCCAACAGAUGCCAAAGGAGAUCCCGGGGGUUGGGGACCUGCAGUUCUUCAAGCCUGAGGACAUGGCCUACUUUGGAAAGCUGACGGAUGGCACAAACGAGGAAUCGCUUUCGGUCGAGGAGCUCAAGGAGCGCAAGAUCAUGAGGCUGCUGCUCAAGGUCAAGAACGGCACACCGCCGAUGCGAAAGACGGCGCUGAGGCAGUUGACGGAUAACGCCCGCAACUUUGGCGCGGGACCUCUCUUCAACCAGAUCCUGCCGCUCCUCAUGGAGAAGACGCUGGAGGACCAGGAGCGCCAUCUGUUGGUCAAGGUCAUCGACAGGAUUCUCUACAAACUGGACGACAUGGUCAGGCCAUAUGUGCACAAGAUUCUCGUGGUCAUCGAGCCGCUCCUGAUCGACCAAGACUACUACGCGCGGGUGGAGGGCCGCGAGAUCAUCUCGAACCUCGCCAAGGCGGCGGGGCUGGCGACCAUGAUCAGCACCAUGAGGCCCGACAUCGACCACGUGGACGAGUACGUGCGCAACACGACGGCGCGAGCGUUCGCUGUGGUGGCGUCGGCGCUGGGCAUCCCGGCGCUGCUGCCGUUCCUGCAGGCGGUGUGCCGCAGCAAGAAGUCGUGGCAGGCGCGGCACACGGGAGUCAAGAUUGUGCAGCAGAUCCCCAUCCUCAUGGGCUGCGCGGUGCUGCCGCACCUCAAGAGGCUGGUGGACUGCAUCGGGCCCAACCUCAACGACGAGCAGACAAAGGUGCGGACGGUGACGAGUCUGGCCAUCGCGGCGCUCGCCGAGGCGGCCAACCCGUACGGUAUCGAGAGCUUCGACGACAUCCUGAACCCGCUGUGGACGGGUGCGCGCAAGCAGCGGGGCAAGGGCCUGGCCGGGUUCCUCAAGGCGGUGGGGUACAUCAUCCCGCUCAUGGACGAGGAGUACGCAAACUACUACACCAGCCAGAUCAUGGAGAUCCUGCUGCGCGAGUUCUCGUCGCCCGACGAGGAGAUGAAGAAGGUGGUGCUCAAGGUGGUGUCGCAGUGCGCAGGCACUGAGGGCGUGACGGCGGGCUACCUCAAGGAGCACGUGCUGGACGAGUUCUUCAAGAGCUUCUGGGUGCGGCGCAUGGCGCUCGAUAAGCGCAACUACCGGCAGGUGGUGGAAACGACGGUGGACAUUGGGCAAAAGGUCGGGGCGGGCGAGAUCCUGGAGCGCAUCGUGGUCAACCUCAAGGACGAGAGCGAGCCGUACCGCAAGAUGACGGUCGAGACGGUGGAGAAGAUCGUGGCCAGCCUCGGGGCGGCCGACGUGGGCGAGCGGCUGGAGGAGCGGCUCAUCGACGGUAUCCUGCACGCGUUCCAAGAGCAGAGCGUCGAGGACAUCAUCAUGCUCAACGGGUUCGGGUCCGUGGUCAACGCGCUGGGGACGCGGUGCAAGCCGUACCUGCCGCAGAUCGUGAGCACGAUCCUGUGGCGGCUCAACAACAAGUCGGCGACGGUGCGGCAGCAGGCGGCGGACCUGAUCUCGCGCAUCGCCAUGGUGAUGAAGCAGUGCGGCGAGGACGCGCUGAUGGGCAAGCUGGGUGUGGUGCUGUACGAGUACCUGGGCGAGGAGUACCCCGAGGUGCUGGGCUCGAUCCUGGGGGCGCUGCGGUCCAUCGUGACGGUAGUGGGCAUCAGCCAGAUGCAGCCGCCCAUCAAGGACCUGCUGCCGCGGCUGACGCCCAUCCUGCGCAACCGGCACGAGAAGGUGCAAGAGAACACCAUCGACCUGGUGGGCCGCAUCGCUGACCGCGGGCCCGAGUCAGUCAACGCGCGCGAGUGGAUGCGCAUCUGCUUUGAGCUGUUAGACAUGCUCAAAGCGCACAAGAAGGGUAUCCGGCGGGCGGCGAACAACACGUUUGGCUUCAUCGCCAAGGCCAUCGGCCCGCAGGAUGUGCUGGCCACGCUGCUCAACAACCUGCGGGUGCAGGAGCGGCAGAGCCGCGUCAACACGGCCGUGGCUAUCGGCAUCAUCGCCGAGACGUGCGCGCCCUUUACUGUGCUGCCGGCGCUCAUGAACGAGUACCGCGUGCCCGAGCUCAACGUGCAGAACGGCGUGCUCAAGUCGCUGAGCUUUAUGUUCGAGUACAUUGGCGAGAUGGCCAAGGACUACGUCUACGCCGUCACGCCGCUGCUCGAGGACGCGCUCAUCGACCGCGACCAGGUGCACCGGCAGACGGCGGCGUCGGUGGUCAAGCACAUCGCGCUCGGCGUCGUGGGUCUCGGGUGCGAGGACGCAAUGGUGCACCUGCUCAACCUUCUGUACCCCAACCUGUUCGAGACGAGCCCGCACGUCAUCGACCGCAUCAUCGAGGCCAUCGAGGCCAUCCGCAUGGCUGUGGGGCCGGGCCUGGUGCUCAACUACGUCUGGGCUGGCCUGUUCCACCCGGCCCGCAAGGUCCGGACGCCCUACUGGCGCUUGUACAACGACGCCUACGUGCAGGGCGCCGACGCCAUGGUGCCCUACUACCCGAACCUGGAGGAGGACGGGCUCGACAGGGGGGAGCUGGGCAUCAUACUGUGAUGGGUUACGGGAUGACGGGAGGAAGGGAGGGGAGGGGUGGUAUGUGUUGAUUCCACUAUUCUUUGCUUUUUUUUUUCGAUACUUUGUUAAACGGGCUUGGUCAUGGAGUUUGCAUUUUCGUUUCUCUUUUUCCGUCAUAUUCUAUACCUCCCCCUUGUCUCUGUCUUUAUGUAAAACCCGUUCUGUACCAAUUGAAAUGGAAGAGGGAUGGUGGUACAUAGAUGCGGCCGCCUGCCAUUAGAUAGCGUGUAAUAUGCAUUUGGACGGUGGGUUGCACGUUUCAUGAGCGUAUAAGCGGCAGCAUGCCAAAGGUGACGACGCAUACACAGUUACACACAGU